AUGACAAUCGUCCUCUCCUCUUGCCCAACUGGCUGGGUAAAAUGGCGUCAGUCUUGCUACAUCUUACUCCCUGAUAAGAUGAACUGGAUGCAAGCUGAGGCGGCAUGCAAGCGACCAGGGAGCAACCUCAUAGUGCCUGACUCAAGGGAAGAAAACGACUUCAUCUUCAAUUGGUUAGCAACAGAAAAUACAGGUUUGUGGAUCGGCUGCACAGAUGCUGCUCAAGAGGGAGUAUGGUUGUGUGGAGGUCAGCCUGCAAGAUUUACCGACUGGAAAACAGACUUCCCGUUGGAAGACUCACGUUAUAACUGUGCCCGAAUGAUGAAAAAUGGACCUUGGUCUGAUAACUUAAAAUGCAAUGGCACCGCAACUAAAGCAGUCGUAUGUGAGAUGCCGGCCCCUUCCAUGCCAGUUUACCACACCCUGCUAGGUCCCGAUGGGCGUGUCUCUCAAUACUGCCUCCUCCAUCACGUCAUCGACAACCUGGCCGUAGAGGGUGUGAUUGCUUGUGGCUGGGCGUGUACAUCAGAUCCUCGAUGCCGCUCCUUUAAUGUUUGGCAGAGCAGCAUGAAAGAGAAGAAAUGUCAGCUCAAUGACGUCACUCGUCUUGAUAAUGAUCAGACCGAUUCCCAUGACAUCGAAGGUUGUGUUUACUUUGAACUUUGA